CACAGCUGUUAAAAUACCAAAAUAGUUAAGGUACCAACCCCGUUGUCCGGCGAACAAGCAAAUAUUCCAGGCUGGAAUUUAGAAUCUACACCACUAAAGACUUCUUCUCCGUCUUUUAUAUCCUUGGAGAUUCUGAGAUUUAUUUGUUUAAAAAUCGAUUCUUCCUUGCAGUCCUCUCCGGCUCUCCCUGUACUAACUUCGUCGUCUCUACAGCUUCGAGUGAUGGCUGUUACUGUUCGUCAAAUGUCUCUGAUUGUUGCGACUCUGGGGGCACUAUCCUUCAUUUUUGGGAUAAUCGCCGAAAAUAAGAAGCCUGCAGCUGGAACACCCAUCACUGGUAAAGGUGUUGUUAUUUGCAAGUAUCCAUCUGAUCCUUCGGUUGUAUUGGGAUAUCUCUCUUUCGCAUUCCUCGUUGCAUCUGCGGUGGCUGGGUUUCUGUCUCUAUUCUAUCCUUACAAAGGAAAAUCUGUGCCGCAGUCUGCAAUGUUUCGAAGUACCAGUUUCCUUGUAUUCUUCAACAUUGCCUU